AUGGUAGAUAAUCAAGAUCAUGAUAUUUAUUCAGCUUUGGUAAAUAUACAAGAUCAUGAUCAUCAUUCAGCUUUAUGUUAUGCAGUAAUAAGUGAAAACGAAGAAAUAGUUAAACUGCUUACAAAAUAUGGUGCAGAUACAAAUAUUAAAUCUCAAGAUAAUUUCAAUAUUUCUUUAGAUUUAUUCUUCAUUUUUGAUUCACCUGAAUUUCGUUCUACACUUUUGUCUAUUGCGGUUUCACGAAGCAAUUUUAAUAUAGCCAGGCUACUUAUAGAAAACGGAGCGGAUGCAAAUAUUAGUAAUGACGAUGGCACAACUCCUUUACUUUAUGCAGCUAAGCAAGGACAAUAUGAUAUAGCUAAACUACUUGUAGAUAAUGGAGCUGAGGUAAAUAUUAAACAAAAUAAUGGUAAUGCCCCCUUAUAUAAUAUAGAAUUAUACCCGAACGGCGGUUUUGAUGAUGACUUUGAAAUCGUACGUGCAGAAUUAGUUGAAUUUCUUAUUAAUAGUGGUGCAGAAAUAGAUUUUAAAGACAGCAAAACACAAGAAUUUUUUAUUUUUUUUGCUCAAGAAAAUAAUAUGAUAAUGGUUCGGAAAAUUUUAGAAGCUGCAGAAAAUUAUGAUGAUUUAAAAUUUAUUCUAAACGCUAAAAGCGAUUGCAGAAAAUUAGCUCUACACCAUGCUGUAGAAAGAGGUAAUGAGGAGAUUGUUGAACUGAUGUUAAAAUAUGGUGCUCCAGUGAAUUUUCGAGCCUGUAGAGGCAAAACGGCUUUGCAUUACGCAUCCGAGAGUGCCUAUGUGAAAAUAGUUAAAACGUUGAUA